AUGGUUCCGCUCUCUCACCUUCCCAUCUCCCUGUUACUCUUUAUCUCUGUUAUUCUCUUAGCACCUCCUUACACCCGCGCCGAUGAACUAGCCUCACGCCGGACGGAUGCGUAUACGCGCGUCGGUCAAUUCUUUGAUCGUAGUGCAGUCGGCCAUGGCUCGGAGAGCACACAUACCAAUAACUGGGCUGUGCUGGUCUGCUCUUCAAGAUACUGGUUCAACUACAGGCAUAUGUCUAAUACUCUCGGAAUGUACCGAACGGUGAAGCGGCUAGGCAUCCCCGACUCGAACAUCGUACUCAUGCUUGCCGACGACGCUGCAUGCAACUCUCGCAACCGGUUCCCUGGAUGUGUUCAUGCCGACGCAGGGCGGCAUCUCGACCUGUACGGGGAGAACAUUGAAGUCGACUACCGUGGGUACGAAGUCACCGUGGAGAGCCUGUUGAGGCUGUUAACAGGUCGUGUUGACCCCUCCGUCCCAAGAUCCAAACGCCUUCUCACGGAUGACCGCUCGAACAUCUUCGUCUAUAUGACCGGGCAUGGCGGAAACGAGUUCCUCAAGUUCCAAGAUAACGAAGAGCUGAGCGCCUUUGAUAUCGCCGACGCCUUCGAACAGAUGUGGCAGAAGAAGCGAUACCAUGAGAUGUUCUUCAUGAUGGACACCUGCCAGGCCAACUCCAUGUACUCGAAGCUGUACUCGCCGAACAUUCUUGCGACAGGUUCAUCCCGAGUUGGCCAGAAUUCGUAUUCGUACGAGAACGACGCGGAUAUCGGGGUAGCAGUGAUUGACGGCUUCACCCACUUCACCUUGGACUUCAUGGAGGGCAUCAAUAAGACAAGCACUGCGACGAUGCAGGACUUCUUCAACACGUUCGACCGCGAGAAGAUCCGCUCAGAUCCCGGUGUUCGCUCUGACCUCUUCAAUCGACCGCUGGACCGCACUCUAAUCACUGAUUUCUUUGGGGGUGUGGCUCAUGCGGAAGUCCUUGAGCUUCCCUUAUCUCCGGCAGGAGCGAUUGACGACCCCUCGCAAGACGUCCAUGAGAGGCCAUUGGAUGAUGUACCCGUCUUGCAACCGUGGAAGCCAGCCGCAUCCCCGCAAAGUGAUAGUUGGACCAGCAGGGGCCUCAAGAUCGUGGCGUCGCAGGCGAUUGUUGGUGGACUCGUGGGCUUCAUGGUUUUGAAAAGUCGGAGAUCAUGA